GCAAAACCUGGAGCUGAUGACCAAACGGGAUGUGAAGGCAGAAAAUCACGUCAUGAAACUGAAGCGGGAAAUAAGCUUGCUCCAGGUUCAGAGUUCCAACUUCAAGCGUGAAAAUGAAUCCCUGCAUUCAGGCCAGGGGGCCAGCCUGACCGUGGUGAAGCAGAACACAGAUGUGGCCUUACAGAACCUCCGUAUGGUCAUGAACAACGCACACUCCUCCAUCAAGCAACUGGUUUCUGGAGCUGAAACAUUUAAUCUCGUAGCUGAAAUCCUUAAAUCUGUAGACAGAGUUUCUGAAAUUAAAGAGGAAGAACAGGAAUCAUGAACCACUAAG